AUGGCGUCGAGCCCUACCUCUGGUUCCUCCUCUUCGAACCCCUCCAAUCCAUUUGCGCCAUUUCUACUAGCCUCCUCCAUCCCUAUGAUCAACAUUCACUCUCAUGUGCCGCUCACCCUCGACAUGGUUGAAUCCAAUUUCUCCGCCUGGCGCACCUUCUUCGACCUCGCGCUCAACAAGUUCGGGCUCACCAGCCACAUAAACGACACGCUCGAUGCCCAACUGAUGCGCCAAGACCCCGAGCAGCUCCAGGCCGACUCCUACAUCGUCUCCUGGUUGUACUCCACGAUCUCUAGGGAGAUCCUCACCAUGGUGAUUCAGCCGAACGAGAUGGCAUAUGGCGCAUGGACGAAGAUCACCGGUCUCUUCCUCGACAACUGCAUGCAGCAUGCUGUCUACGCGCAGCAAGAGUUUCACAGUCUCUAUCAAGGUGACCUGACAAUCAACAAGUACUACAGCUGGCUCAAGCAACUCACGGACACGCUGCGUGACAUCGGUUCGCCGGUCACCGACCAGGCCCUGGUGAUCAACACUCUCUGA